UUUAUUUUUUUGUCAAUAAAAAAAUAAAACAAACUAGAAGGAACACAUGAUUUCUAGAAGGCGCUCCAGAGUUCUUCAGCUAACAAUAAACCCACCGAUUUUACACCAAUUCCUACUUUUUUUUUCCAAUCAUAUUUUCUGCCAUUCUGCAUCGAUUUUAAUGUUCAUGUAUUGUAUUCAUCCAGAAGCUCGAAAUUCAGUGUGACGAACGAGGAAAAAAGAAGAUGGCAGGAUACCGAUGGAAAACCUUCUUCGAAGAAGAGGAUCGUCCAGAGAAGCCAAGGAGGUUCGGCGUCACCGAAAUGAGGGGACCUCAUUUUUCUCUUCUCUCCCAAAACCAUCUCCAGGAUGUUUUUGAGUCAAUGGGACAAUUUGUUGACGGAUUGAAAUUUGCCGGAGGCUCUCAUAGUUUGAUACCUAAAAGUUACAUCAAAGAAGUAACUGAAAUGGCGCAUAAGCACAAUGUGUACGUAAGCAGCGGUGACUGGGCUGAACACCUUCCGCGAAAAGGUCCCUCUGCUUUUCAAGACUAUAUCGAGGAAUGUAAGCGAUUAGGGAUUGAUACUAUUGAGAUUGAUGCUGGAUCGCUUGGAGUACCCGAAGAUGUGCUCUUGAGAUAUGUGAGGCUGGUUAAAAGUGGUGGCCUUAGAGCUAAGCCCUUAUUUGCUGUUAAAUUUAACAAGUCGGAUAUACCCUCAAAAAGAGACAGGGCAUUUGGAUCUUAUGUGGUCCCCACACCUCGAACUUCAGAGCUUGUUGAGGAUGUGGAUCUUUUGAUUAGAAAGGCAGAGAGAUGCCUUGAAGCAGGGGCAGACAUGAUAAUGAUCGAUGCUGACGGUGUGUGCAGACAGGCUGAUUCAAUGAGGGCCGAUAUUAUUGCAAAAGUUGUCAGCCGUUUAGGGCUUGAGAAGACAAUGUUCGAAGCAUCAAAUCCCAAGACAUCUGAGUGGUUCAUCAAACAAUAUGGUCCAAGGGUGAAUCUUUUUGUUGAUCAUUCUCAAGUAAUGGAUCUGGAGUGUCUUAGAGGUCGUAACCUGGGCAGGGAUCAUGCAUCUGUUCUUGGUUCAUCGUAUUUCCUACUUUAAGCUGCGGUUCGUAUUGGAAAAAUCGUUGUCUGAAGGAAUAGAAAUGCUUUAUAGUUUGUAUUAAAUAGUCGAAUUUGGUUUAUGUUAAAUUUGCAUUUGAUCGCUUAAACGUCAUGCAUUUCUCAUGGGGUUAAUAGUGUGUAUAUAUUCUGAUAUCAAGAUCAUAUAUAUAUAUGUGUCAUCUACCGUUGGAUCUGCAUUGGAUUAAAGUUUAAUGUUUAUAGCAUUGACUAUUGAUGUGCCUCUAUGAAAUACCGGUGUGUGUAUGAUUUUGACAGACAUUUUUCUUUAAUGUGAUCCAUCUAUGUGUUUAAUAU